AUGCAAGACGCCUUCUACGGCGACGGCGUUGCUGGGGUCGCGGCAGUACUUGGCGCAUUCGACGCAGAUGUCUCCGCUGCCGGCGCCGAGUGCGGGAUGCCUGCCGUGAAGGGACAGCGUGCCCUGCGCGUCCACGGCGCCGUCGGUGGCUGCGGUGGUGUUGGUGCUGUUGGUGAUGAAGCCGUUGAAGUUGGUCGUGGGCGCGGCGGCGGCGAGCGCGGCAGUGGCGAGGACAGCGAGGAACUUCAGAUGGGAUGUUAA